AUGUCAUCAGUAUCUAUACAAAAUAGGACAGUAGAGUUUCAACAAUGUGUACAAACAUAUAACAAAAUAAAUCGAAAGCAAAAUUUAAUUAAUCAACAACAACAACAAAAUCAAAAUCAAAAUCCAUGGCCACCCAAAAAAUCACAUUUUAGUCAACAAGCAAGUAUAAUAGCAAAAGAUAUAUCUCAUGUAACAGAAUUGUUAAGUAAACUAGCCAUAUUAGCUAAAAGAAAACCUAUAUUUGAUGAUAAACCAAUUGAAAUCGGAGAAUUAACAUAUGUUAUUAAACAAGAUAUUUUUAAAAUUGAAACUAAUAUUCAAAAUUUACAAAAAUAUAUGAAAGGAGAGAUAACAAUAGUUAAUGAUAAUCAACAAGCAUUAUUUAGUAAAAAUGUAGUUAAUUUAUUAAAUUCAAAAAUGAAAAAUGUAUCAGGAGAAUUUAAAAAUGUUUUAGAAAUUAGACAAAAGAAUGAAAUUUUAAAUAAAAAUAGAACUGAAAAUUUUUUAUCAAGUGUAUCAAAUAAUAGAUUAAGUAAUAAUCAUUCUCCGUUAAUUGAAAAUGGAACAAAAUCACCAAAUUCAUUGAGUAAUUUAAAUGAAAAUCCAUUUUUAAUGUCUUCAAAUCAAAGUAAUGAUAGAUUACCAUAUGAUCCUGAUGCAGACCCAGAAAUUAGCUCUCCUUAUGAUAUGAAUGAUAAUGAAUAUUUAUCAUUACCUAAUCAGCAACAGCAAAUGUUAUUAAUGGAAGAACAAUCACAAAAUCAACAAUAUUUACAAUCUAGAAAUAGAGCUGUUGAAUCGAUAGAAAGUACAAUAAAUGAAGUUGGAAAUUUAUUUCAACAAUUAGCUACAAUGGUCAGUGAACAAGGUGAACAAAUACAAAGAAUUGAUCAAAAUGUUGAAGAAAUAGAUUUAAAUAUAACUGGAGCACAAAGAGAAUUAUUAAAGUAUUAUGCACAUAUAACAAAUAAUAGAUGGUUAUUUUUGAAAAUAUUUGGAGUACUAAUAGUAUUCUUUUUUAUAUGGGUCCUCGUCAGUUAA